AUGGGCUCAUUCAAGGUCAUCAUCAUUGGCUCAGGUCUCUCGGGCUCGUUGCUGGCCAACGGGCUCGCAAAGCAUGGCAUUGAAUUUGCCGUGUACGAGCGAGACGCACAGGAUUCCAAGAGGGCUGGAUAUCAGAUUCGCUUUGGCGAGAAUGCGCUGAUUGGCAUGAGGGCCUGUCUCCAGCCCGAGCAUCUCGCCGCCGUGGUCAAACACAUUGGUCCCAACUCCAAGGUCCCCAUCCUGUUUGACAAGUCGUUUCGCAAGUUCCUGGACCUGAAUCAAUUGCCGACUUAUAGCAAGUCGGUGCCGAUAGAUCGCAUCGUGUUGCGCGACGUCUUGGCCGACCCGAUUACCAAGCUCGGCAAACUUCACUAUGGCAAGAAAUUUGUGGAUUUCCAAAUCAUCCAUGAAGGGGACAAGGAGUUGGUGCAAGUUUCCUUUGAUGAUGGCUCGACGGACACAUGCGAUCUGUUGAUCGGUGCCGAUGGUAAUCGUUCAAAGGUCAAUGAAAUGGUGGGCUUGAACAAUAUCAAACCGGUGGAGAAAAUCAGAGCACUACUCACAAAAUGCGAUCUACCUUUGAGCCUGUACAACACUGUCGACGAAGAACUCCUCGCGUCACCAAUCGCGACUCUUCAGGAUGGCAAACUCAUGUACUUUUGCGCCUAUCUUCCAAAAGAUUACAGCAGCAAGCGUGAUACUGGUGAUACGGCAAAGCUUGACCAAGAACACUCAUCGUGUAUGAUGUCGCUGUGCUGGCCCGAGAGCAUGUCGGAUGCUCUAGAGACCAUGACCUUGGACCAGCGUUGGGAGGCCAUAGCAAGAGUAUACUCGGACUGGUCUCCCAAGCAUCAACAGCUAUUGAAGCUCUGUUACGGACGAGAAAUGUUCAUCUUGAGCCCCAGGGUGGGAUCCAAGCCGUCAAUCAACUGGCGCCGAGAAGUCGCUUCUCCCAAGACGCCGACUGCGGGUAAUGCCCACGUCUGGAUGAUGGGUGACGCCAUCCACCCCAUGCUCCCCAACAGAGGAAUGGGCGGUCAGCAGGCCAUGCACGACACGGCAGACAUGCUACCUCUCAUCCGCGGACUGGCCGAGAAAGCCUCGACACCGCAGGGCCUCGAGUACAAAGACUUUGAGGCGGCAGUGAACCAGUACGAGACGGGAAUGAUUCCUCGCGCCUUUGGAUGGGUAAAGAAGAGCGGAGGCGCGAAUUUUGUGCCCCUGAACCUUUCCAGACUCAUCGACCGCAUCUUUCUCAGAUUGUUCUCGUACACGAUCCCGGUGGCUAGAUUUGGGCACUGGUUCUUGUCCUUUUUCAUCGAGACCAGGAAUCUCAGCGAUGCACCCGAGUUUGCUUGA